AUGGUGAUGAUGCCGACAACGACGAAGGAGAAGCGAAUACACACGCAUAAAUACUCACGACACAUCCUCCCGACCGACCUCCUAGUCGCCCCCCAUUGGGACAAUCCACUCUUUUUGGCUUCGGAGAUGAAGGGUCUCGUCGCUCUUAUCACUCUCGUUAUCUCGAGCGAGUACGUACUUGCGCAACAAUCAGUUUGGGGUCAGUGUGGAGGUAUCAACUGGACGGGCCCGACGCAAUGCGUUUCCGGUUCGGUUUGUACCUAUGUCAACGAUUGGUACUAUCAAUGCCUGCCCGGGACGUCCACAAGCACGCGUCCGACCUCGACCUCGACAAGCACGCGCUCUUCAUCGACUUCUAGUUCCACGAGCACUAGUUCGAGCACACGCUCUUCAUCAACCACCACUAGCACACGCUCUUCCAGCAGCACCACUGUCAACCAGACUGGUACUGGGUCUAUGGAGCUGGUAUCGGGUGUUUCCUGGAAUCUCGGUUCUGGUGCCCGUCUGGCUGGCUCGCCGCUGUUGCCAUGUCUCUACUUCGACUUCAUCAACGUCAAGCUCAUCAACAUCUACCCCAACCGUCAACUCGGAUUGGCAGGCUGCCUAUACCAAGGCAAAGGCAGCUGUUUCCAAGCUAUCGCUAUCCCAAAAGGUAAUACGCCCGCCAUCAGCACUAUCAAUUUCCCGGGUCUUUGCUUGCAGGACGGCCCACUAGGUAUUCGCUUCGCAGACAAAAUCUCCGUCUUCCCCGCAGGCAUCAAUGCGGCUGCUACGUUCAACCGCGAUCUGAUGCAGCAACGUGGUGCAGCACUUGGUGCCGAGUUCAGAGGAAAGGGAAUCAACGUAGCCCUCGGACCAGCUAUGAACAUUGCUCGUAUCCCUCAAGCAGGCAGAAAUUGGGAGGGUUUUGGUGGCGACGCCUACCUGUCAGGAGAAGCCGCGUACCAGACAAUUCUCGGCAUCCAGUCUAACGGAGUUCAGGCCUGUGCGAAGCAUUACAUCAACAAUGAGCAGGAAAAGAACCGUGCUUCCUCAUCCAGCGAGGUUUCUGACCGGGUUGAGCACGAGAUUUACGCUCUGCCGUUCUUACGAUCCGUUCAAGCAGGGGUUGCGUCCGUCAUGUGCUCCUAUAACAAAAUCAAUGGCACAUUUGCCUGCGAGAAUGAUCGCGUACUCAAUCAAAUCCUCAAACAAGAAUUUGCCUUCCCAGGAUACGUCGUCAGUGAUUGGUGGGCCACAAUGAGCACUGGCUCUGCCGCGAAGGGUCUUGACAUGACGAUGCCUGGGGAUACUACGUACAAGUCGGGUCAAACAUACUUUGGUCAAAACCUGAUAAACCAAGUUCAAAGCGGUGCUAUUCCUCAGUCGCGUAUCGAUGAUAUGGCAAACCGUAUCCUUGCCGCUUGGUACCAACUUGGGCAAGACUCUGGAUUCCCGAGCGUCAACUUUGAUUCGUGGGAUAUCAAUGCGGGCUUCAACCAGCAUGUAGAUGUUCAGGGCAACCAUAAGACAUUGAUUCGCAAAAUCGUUGGCGCAUCAACCGUCCUUCUGAAGAACUCGAGGAACAUUCUUCCACUGAACAGGCCAGCGUCUUUGGCCGUCAUCGGAAGCAGUGCUGCUCCAAAUCCUUCGGGAAUCAAUAGUUGUACCGAUAGAGGCUGCAACACUGGCACCCUCGGUCAAGGAUGGGGUUCGGGCACUGCAGAAUACCCCUACCUGUCUGACCCACUCUCUGCGAUCAAGGCUCAGGCUCAGCUCGAUGGAACAAGUGUCACGUCAAGUACGAGUGACACUGACACGAACGCCGCUGCCAACGCAGCCCGUGGAAAGUCUGCGGCCUUGGUUUUCGUCACUGCGGACUCUGGUGAAGAAUACAUUACUGUCGAAGGCAAUGUCGGUGAUCGUAACAAUCUCAACCUCUGGCAUAACGGUGACUCCCUGAUUGCGGCAGUUGCUGCCGUAAAUCCCAAUACCAUCGUGGUCGUUCACUCCGUCGGCCAAGUCCUCAUGGAAAGCUGGGCAGAUCAUCCAAAUGUGACUGCAAUUGUUUGGGGUGGACUUGCGGGCCAAGAAGUCGGAAAUGGACUUGUCGACGUUCUUUACGGCGUCGUCAACCCAUCUGGCCGUCUUCCUUAUACCAUUGCAAAAAGCGCGUCGGACUAUCCUGCUUCCAUCAGCUCUGCCUCCUCCAUCUCCUACAGCGAGGGACUCAACGUCGAUUACCGUUGGUUUGACAGCAGAGGAAUCACACCACGCUACGAAUUCGGUUUCGGUCUUUCUUACACCACAUUCUCUUACUCAUCGUUGAGCAUUUCCGGCUCUGUGGGAUCGGGUAGCGCACCAGACGGUUUUGGUACCUCGGUCUCGCCUUGGCUCCACGAGAAAGUGAUUACGGUCACGUUCACUCUUUCAAACACUGGCUCGCGUGCCGGUACAGAGAUUCCUCAGCUUUACGUCAGUCCCCCGGCGUCGGCUCAGUCCUCUCCGUACAUCCUCAAAGGAUUCGACUCCAUCUACCUCGCAGCAGGAGCAAGCACCACGGUGACGAUGAAGCUGUCCCGUUUCGACUUGGCCAUGUGGGACACAGCGCGCCAGAAGUUUGUCGUGCCUUCUGGUACACACGGGAUCACCAUUGGUCCCUCUUCGCGCAUUCGUAGUCUUACUGGAUCUAUUUCUGUCUGA